UCGAUGCUUUGCCUGACUUUAGACUCAUUUACGCUUCUUCACUUUUCGGAGGAAAAUUGCUUGAUAGAAGUGCUAUUUAAGAGUGAAAAUUCUACGCUGAGAUAAAGAGAGCGACAUGAGCUCGCCCGACGAUAUUCCUGGACCGUCAAAGCCGCGCGCCAAGAAGCGCUCACCACGCAGCUCCAGCAGCGAUUCCAAGUCGCAGGCAUCGCCGCCGCCGACGACCAGCAAUGGACAUGGUUCCGGAUUGGGAGGCACUUCCAAUCAAAGCCCCGCUGCCGGUCCAAGUCCCGCAGGUGGACUAAGUCCAGGCUUAGGACCAACCAACAUGCGGGACCGCCUACUGGUGGCCAAUGCCAUGGCCAUAGAGCUAUCGACUAGCGAGCAGGAAGACUCCACUAGCUCUUCGUCGCCUCAGAUGAAUGGUCAUCACCAAAACGACUCUGGCGAGUCCGAUCAGCAAAACGGUGGGGCCGUAAAUGGAGACUCCCGUAAGUCCAAGAAGAAAAAGAAAAAAGGCAGAAGUCGUCGUGAACGCCGCAUAUCUGGAGAUGCCGCUCUCAUGGGCUGGACGGGCGGAUUCCCGAAGCUAACAGCCAUGGCCAGUAUUGACAGUAGCUCGGAUUUGGAGCCCCAGUCGCCGGGCGAGCUGCGGGCACUGGGCAGGAGAGGAUUGAGGGUGUUUCCAAGAGUUGAACAGCAAGCGGAGACAGCAGCAGGGCCAACAGAACCGGCUGAAAUGGCUGAGGAGCAGCAACAGCAGCAGCAGCAACAAGAGCAGCAGCAGUCGCUAGCAUCGCCUUCAUCGCCGAUGAUGACGUCGCCGGUCGAGUCCUUUCUGUCCUCAAACUCUGACUUGAUUAUGACGAUAUCAACGCCACCAGGACGUGAACCAGAACCAGAACAGCAACAAAACCCAGAACCAGAACAGCAAAUCACUUUAGCAACUGUAACUAGUACAAAUCAAACCACAACAACUACGACCACUAGCAACAGCAACAACAAUUCCAACGCAACUGGUACUGCAACAACUUCAAGUCCAAGAACAACGGCAUCCAGCAUGCAACAAACAGAAUUAGACAACCAGGAGAAGAAUAUGGAGAUGGAGCAGCCAGCGAAGGCAGAGAAUAAUCAGCAGCCGGCGAAGGAAGAGGAUAAGCAGCCGCCGGCGAAGGAAGAGGAUAAGCAGCAGCCGGCGAAGGCAGAGGAUAAUCAGCAGCCGGCGAAGGCAGAGGAUAAGCAGCAGCCGGCGGAGGAAGAGGAUAAGCAGCAGUCGGCGAAGGCAGAGGAUAAGCAGCAGCCGGCGGAAGAUGAGAAUGAGGUGGAGAAUGAGGAGGAAAUUGAACCGCUGGUGGUGGCCGAGGAUGAGGUCAGCUCGGAUAUCCCGCUGGUGUCUACGACAUCGCCGCCACCGCCAGAGCCGGCUCCUAUUCCUCGUUCCCGCAAACGCGCAUUCAGUCCGACCAAAAAGGACACCAAGCUGUCCAAAGAGGAGGAUACUGAGAGCAAGAAGAAAAAGAAGGAGGGGGAAGCUGAAGUCCCGUUGGUCAAAAGUCCCAAGAAAAUGGAGGACGCAGACUCACCCGUUUCCAGUCGCUUUGCCAAGCGUGCCAAGUCUCUGAGUACUCAGAUUUCGCUGCCGGAGCAGGUGCGCCGUACCUCGCGCUUCAGCAGCCAGGAGUUGCUGACCGAAGAGCAGAUCAAGACGGAUACACUGGCCCCUCCCAUCAACAAGGAGCCUGAUGCCCAAAUCGAGGCCAUACCUGAACCACCGCCCACGACCUCAGCCUUGAAGCUGAAAGCCACCGACGAGUUCUAUCGCCUGCCCUUCGCCUACGGCUGGAGGCGUGAGUUCGUCCUGCCCAGCACUGGGAAUCAUAAGCGUCGUACUGGUGACGUUUUCUUCAUAGCACCCAAUGGGCGCAAGCUGCGAUCGCGCGAGGAUAUUGUGCCCCUGCUGGAGGGCGAGCUGACCAUCGAGCACUUCUGCUUCCAGCGACAGGCGCAGGAGGCGGGACCAGAGCACGAACUGGUGCGUCGGGCCACGCCCGCCAGCGCAUCGCGUCGCAAAUCCCAGCAUGCCGUGGCUCAGCUUCAGCCCGCUCCAUUGCCAGUCACUGGAAAGCGUGUGUCCAAGCCCAAAGUGCCCAAGGGGGCAAGUCCACCGAGUGAGGGCUGGACCGCCACCAUGGCGGUAAAGGGGAAUUCUCGAGUGCUGGCCAGCAGCAACGGCAGCAGCUUAGCCGGAACCUCAGGAGCGAGCAUCUCAUCUCGCAAGCGAAACUUCGUGUCCAGACAGUCGUCGAGGACCUCAAGCGGGAUGAUCGCGAACUGUGUCCAUUGCCAGGCUCCAUUGCAGCCAACUGGGUCCAAGCAGGUAUCGCCCAGGACCAACACUUGUCAGAACUGCUUGAAGAUAAAGCGAGAGAAAAAGAGGGAAUCUGAGAAGAGCGAUAUGGUAGCGGAGCCGCAGCUGGAGGAUGAAGAUCAGGAUGAUGACCAGGAUGAUGAUGACAACGCGAGCGUCGCCAGUCUGUUGGAGAUCGGCGAGGAGAUUGAGGUGCCCGGCCAUCAUCCGCCGGCGCAGCUUUUCAAUAACCUGGGACAACGACGCUCGCCCAAGGAGCAGGAGGUUGUUGUAAUUGGGGGGCGUAAGGCCAUAGCCAUCAAAGCCGAUCCGCCGCGUCCCCAAGUGAAAGUGGUUCCACGCCAUCCAGAUUUAACUAGCUACGAAAAGAUCUUCAACAAGCGCAUGCAGGCCAAAAAGUCGCGCCACGACCUGGUGGAGAGCCUCGGCGAUGCUCACAACGGCUGUCAGGUGCUGAUGGCCAUUAUGAAAACUAUGAACCUGAAGGAACGUGCCAACAUGUCGCGGGUGUGCAAGACCUGGGCUAUGGUUAGCCGUGAGAACUCCGUGUGGCGUUCGGUCCGCCUGCGCGACACCCAUAUCGGAAAUUGGGUGUUCUGUCUGCGUGAACUGGCCCGCCACCGCACUCGUGAGUUGGACAUGAUGGGCGUGAUUAUGGCUAAACCGCAGAUCCGCAUGACUGGUGAUCUGCGCGUACUCAAAGCAUUGCGCAUACUACGUACCGAUACAACUGAUGCGGAGUUCCUCCACUUGGUCUUUCGCCAUCUGCCCCAGUUGCUGGAGAUAAGAGCCACCUGCUUGAGCGGAACAUUGAGCCUGUCGCACUUGGAGCGGACUGAUGAGCUGCGCGUACUUCGAAUCCAGAUGACGGAGGCAAAGGCUACCAUUGGAUCACUAAACUCGCUGGCAAAACUAAAGCAUCUAACUGAGUUAAGUCUGCGUGGAGUGAACAAUCUGACCAGGCUGAACUUGCUGCUCUUGAAGGAUCUAACUAAUCUGGAGGUGCUAUCGUUGGGCUCCUGCCAGGACAUAAACAGUGAGAGACUCGGCAAACAAGUGCUGCCCACUCUGAAGGCUCUACGCUCCUUUCGCCUGGAGAACGAUCACAAAGGAAUGGCUAUGUUCCCGGUAGAUGAGAUUAUGCGAGGUCUGGCUCGCGCAGGUGGAGUACGUCGACUGGAGCUGGUGAACGUCGACGUGGACGGUGGUUUUAGCGUUUUGCUCGCCAGCUGUCCCAGUGUAACGGAGCUGCUGCUGACCCCCAAAUGUAUGCAUAAUACGGCCAACAUGACUAAUGCCGUGAUGCAGGCCAUCAGCGACAAUGCCGACCAGUUGCUUGUGUUCCGCUUGGGAUUGGUAACGCAGCUGUUGAGUGCCACUGGUACGCUGUACAAGGGGACGGGCAAGGACGUAAUACCAGUGCAGCGCCCAGUGCCGGGAGUUCCGGCCGACGAUCACCUAAAUUGCUGCUCCGCUGACGACAAUUGUCAGGAGUCGGAUCACGAUCAAUGCGUGGCCUUUCUGCCCGUGGAGCGUCUGGAGGCGAUCUUACAUCACAUGAUGCCGCAGGCUUGGCUUUCGGUGGCCAAGGUGGCCAUGUGCGACACCACCAAGAUCAAGUUCCUGCCCCGUCCAGAGGAGAGCAGCGAGGAGAACUUUUAGUCCAGGAUAAAUGCCUAGGCGCCAUAAUUUAGCUCAUAAGUAACCCCUCCCAAUACCAGAGAAUGACAAGACUGAGUCUUCGAGAGUCAUCACACAAAAACACAAAACUUAUACCUACUCAAAGGAUAUUCAACAGGAAAUGAAACCGAAAACCACAUACUUCUUGGUUCUCGCCAUAGCAGCGAUUGUUGGUUUGUUUUGUAUUCGCAAGAUACAUACUUGCUUUGGAAUACAACUUAGGUUAAACGGCGUUUAAAACGUCUUAUUGUCAUCUUCACGCUGCAGUAAAUUUUAGAAUAUCUGACAGCCACUUAACAGGAUCGGUGUUUUUCGUUUGCCCUUGGGUAUUAAUCGUAUUUUUGAAUUAUAAUCAAACAAAUUUGAAACAGGAGUACAACGUAAUAAAGCGGUUAAAUCUCCUAGAGGGAAAAUAUGUUUUCUUGACUAAAUUGAUGUAACCAAAAUUUUGGAAAAUGUUGAAUUUCAAAUUCAACGAUAUUCUUAAGUACUUAAGA